UUCGCUGGGUCAGGGCUGCAGAGGCGCCUGGCGCACGAGCGGGAGCCGAGCCGCGCUGCCCGGGACGCCCGCCGAGGGGCCGUCGCCAUGUGCUCCCAGCUCUGGUUCCUGACCGACCGGCGCAUCCGCGAGGACUACCCGCAGGUGCAGAUCUUGCGCGCCCUCCGCCAGCGCUGCUCCGAGCAGGACGUGCGCUUCCGGGCGGUGCUCAUGGACCAGAUCGCCGUCACCGUGGUCGGCGGCCACCUGGGCCUCCAGCUGAACCAGAAGACGCUGACCACUUUCCCCGACGUGGUGCUGGUUCGGGUGCCCACCCCCUUAGUGCAGUCCGACAGUGACAUCACAGUCCUGCGGCACCUGGAGAAGUUGGGCUGCCGCCUGGUCAACCGCCCGCAGAGCAUUUUGAACUGCAUAAACAAAUUCUGGACAUUCCAAGAGCUGGCGGGACACGGUGUCCCCAUGCCAGACACCUUCUCUUAUGGUGGGCAUGAAGACUUUUCCAAAAUGAUCGAUGAAGCCGAGUCCUUGGGCUAUCCGGUCGUGGUGAAGAGCACGCGAGGACACCGGGGAAAAGCGGUUUUCCUGGCGAGAGAUAAACAUCACCUCUCAGACAUCUGCCAUCUGAUUCGCCACGACGUGCCCUACCUGUUCCAGAAAUACGUGAAGGAGUCGCAUGGCAAGGAUAUCCGGGUGGUGGUGGUCGGGGGCCAGGUGAUCGGCUCCAUGCUUCGCUGCUCCACAGACGGCCGGAUGCAGAGCAACUGCUCUCUUGGUGGCGUGGGUGUCAAGUGCCCGCUGACAGAGCAAGGCAAGCAGCUGGCCAUCCAGGUGUCUAACAUCCUGGGCAUGGACUUCUGUGGCAUUGACCUCCUCAUCAUGGAUGAUGGCUCCUUUGUGGUGUGUGAGGCCAACGCCAAUGUUGGCUUCCUGGCCUUUGACCAGGCGUGCAACUUAGAUGUGGGUGGAAUCAUUGCUGACUACACCAUGUCCCUGCUGCCCAGCAGGCAGAUGGGGAAGCUGGCCGCCCUCCCUGGGCUGGCCAGUCCCAGGGAGCAGAACGAAGCAGAUGGCUGUGCUUCAGCUCAGGGAGUUGCAGAAGGCGUCUACACCACCAACGGUGGGUCUACCUCUAGUGAGAGUGAGCCCGAACUGGCAGAGAUCCGGGAUUCCUCAGCAAGCACCGCCGGGGCUGCCCUGCCUAGGCUGCCCGAGCCCGGCUACAACAUUAACAACAGGAUUGCUUCCGAAUUAAAAUUUAAGUGAAUUCCUACUUUGUUGGCAGCAUUGAAACCAAAUCCUCCUGCUUCCUUAGUAGUUUCAAGUGAAUCAAAUCUGGACUGAUGUGAUUUCAUUUGCACAGAAAACCAGAAAUCCCAUCUGGGCAUUCAGCAUUCUUUCUAAUGAUGAUGAUUUAAGCAAAUGGCCUGGCUGUGUGGUUUUUAUGAAGACAAAUAGAAAGACACCCGGAGCAGCAAUCCCAACCGAUCCAUUUGAGACCCGUGUCUGCUGCGAGCAUUCGGAUAUUAUGGCUGGGCUGGGGUUGAUACUCUGACUCGGUGGCACUGCUUCUGACUCUGAGCAGUGGUGCCCAGAAACUCAGAUGGGCUCCUGGAAAUCCUAGACUCUAAAUCAGUCAUCAGCUGGAGAUGUGUGUAGAAGAGGGAGCAUGUGAUUGCAAUUACAUGCUCUUCGUUACGAGAGAGAGUGUGUGUGCUUGUGUGUCUGUGAUGAUUAGAGAAUACACAGUCCAAACACCCUUAGAGGAUCAAUCUCUGCUCCUCAUCAAUCACCCUAUUUCUCUGAUACUCAGGAGACAGUGUUUCGAGAGUUUCCUCAUUAGCAUUCGUAGUGAAGCACUUUGUGGAAAGCGAGAUCGAAUGGUCUGGUUGAUCCGUGUCUGGGUCUGAGACAGGGACUUUCUACUAAUAGCCAAUUUGCAUUUAGAGACUUGAUUCCACUAACGCCAGUCGCCAGCAGCCUCCUGCACCUUUGCUGCCUUUAGCCUCAGCUGGAAAUACACUUCUAGUGAGCUCGUGGCUCCACACUUUAUUUCUUAAGCAUGCACUAAAAUCAAACACCGGGGACUUCCUUUUCCACGGACUCUGUUCAUUUGUCCUACAGAAGCCAAUAUGUUUUGUUUUGUCUUGUUUUUUAAUCAUAGAACACCUACUAGAAGAUAAUAAUUUCUCCCCUUCUCUACUGAAACUUUGUAUAUUCUUUAGCUGCUGUGUAGAUUGAAGCCAUUGGAAUCAAAGUCUAAUCCCCUUGACACUGGAGUCUUAUCCAGAUUUCAGAGACCUGUCCUUGCCCACUUUUCCAGCUGGGGAGACUCAGGUCUCAGGAAUCACUCAUUGCACUUUGCAGGGAGAGGAAAUGCAGACAUGACAACAAGUGCUUUUCAUGUUAACUCUUAGAGCAGUAGAUGAUCCUUCCAUUAGCGUAAGUCAUGGAGAUGGAGUGUCCCGUCUCUUCUUAUUUGAAGAAUGACCUAAUGUUAGCAAGGCUACCUUUUAAACCAAAUACACUAAAAUACACACACUCAAGGGUUACUCUUAGCAAGACUGUUUCCUCAGAAGCUGUACUCUUGAGCUGUGGUGUUGCAUGUGCCAAGAACACUUAGACUUCCUCUUUGGAGUGUACCUCUGAAACCAUUCAAGGGAAAAAGCCUCACAACCUCACAGUCAAAUCUUGCUUUCCACAUCAUCCCUCCCCAGAGGUAGGCAGUCCCAAACACCAUCACCUAGUUAUCAGAUUUAUUUUUCUAAUGCUGUUUGACUGUUAACAACAUCCUUCCUCAAAAAGAAGUAAAUCUGUUCUUAAAGGAACAAGACUUACCAGCCUUGGGCAAGCUCCCAGGGAUGGUUCCCGUGGAGGGGUCAGCAGUGUUCAGCGCCACUGAACUCAACAUGUAUCUUUCCAAGGUGACUACUUUGACGGCAAUAACACCCAUUUGGAUGUAUUAGUUCCCAUAAUGAUCUACUAUAAAUGUAAAGUGUGUGUAAAGUCAAACUACUUCCUCCCCGUCCCCAACACAUUUAAAUAGACAUCAAGCUCUUUAAAUAUCUGUGACUAGAAUCAGAUCUCAAAGGAAAAACUGCUCCUCUGAAGAGAUCUGUGCCAUGUCAUGGAGAUACCACAUGGGACACUGGUCUAAAUGCAGCCCAGCAUCAGGUACAUGCCUCCAUGCUCUAACUCUCAUCACAGGUCUCAAACACCUGGAAAGCGAUCAGUUUCACCUUUCUACAACAUGUACUGCUCAGGGUAGGCAUAGAAAAAAGAUCAUUCUCAAUGGAGUUUGCUAGAUGCUCUCUGCACAAACAUCUUGGCUAAGUGAUGCCAUUCUGGAAGCUGCGUUCGCUUAUUCCCACUGUUAGUAAAAUCCCAGCCCCCUCCCCCCUACCCAUUUCAUCUAAAAAGAUGCUAGUGAACCCCACCCUGAGCAGGGCUGCUGAAGACUGCUUUUAGACUUACAGUGAGGAUUCAUUUUCUAGCCAUUGGUGACUUCUGUAGUCAACGGGUCACCCCUUGGAACCUGCGUAGAGGGAGAGGCCCGGGUCACUGCAGGAUCAGAGCCCCUCCAGGGUUUCCACUGCCAGCUUGGACCGUGCCAGCCUCAGUCAGGCAGACAAGCCAUAUGCACCAGAGCUGCCCACAGUGCCUGCUGGGAGGAACGUGAGACCCAUAGCCCAAUUCUGGUCCUGGUUCUUUCUUAAAACAGCUGGUUGGGCUUGUACAAUCCAGUGAACUUUGUCUUUCCAUGUCCCCAUCCUUCAGGUCAAGGAGAUACCUAUUCUGGUGGCAAAUCCUGGAGGUGCUUUGUAGUUGAAAAGAGUUCAAGAAACUGUACUAUGUGUGUGUGUGUGUGUGUGUGUGUGUGAGUGUGUGUGUGUGUGUGUGUGUGUGUGUUGGCAGGCAAGAAGGGGUUUGAAGAACCACUCCUACAUCUGGUUUUAUAACCAUUUCCUAUCACCCCUCCUCUGAGGGGGUAAAGAAGGAGGCCAAGAAUUCUUGGCAUUAUUAUGCUAAAUAGUGGUGGGAACUCUGAGAAAGGAUGCCAGAUUCUCAGAGACCUUCUGGCCAGAGAGGAGCAAGGCACUAUGUGUAUUCAAACACCUUCUGAUGUAUCACGGAGACUGGAAACUCUUGACUCCUGUGCUAAUGGACUGUCCUCUUAUGUAACAUGAAUUGCAGAGUCUAUAUACAGUCUUCCCAUUAUCUGGUCAUUGCAUCUCAAAACUGGUCAAAACUUGAAUACUAGUAGCACAGUCAUUCGGAAUACAUAUGAUUCUGCACUUAGGAGAAAUGUCUUCA